CCGCGGCGCGGACGCCUCAGCAGCCACCGCGGCGGGGCCGCGGCGGGCGCCGGUUCGGCCCGCCCCCUUCUCCGCGCCCCGCCCCGCGCCAACGCCGGCCCGGCUGCUGUCAGCUACCUCAGCGUCCGGCCGAGCCGCGGUGCAUGCUUAGCCGCUGCGGCCGGCGGCUGCUGCACGUCCUAGGCCUUAGCCUCCCGCUGCUGACCGGCCGGUCGCUUUUCCUCUGCCCGCACCGCCUCAUGAGGCCGCAGGUCGUGUUCGUCCUCGGCGGUCCCGGCGCCGGCAAGGGGACCCAGUGCGCCCGCAUCGUCGAGAAAUAUGGCUACACACACCUUUCUGCAGGAGAACUUCUUCGUGAUGAAAGGAAGAACCCAGAUUCACAGUAUGGAGAACUCAUUGAAAAGUACAUUAAAGAUGGAAAGAUUGUGCCAGUUGAGAUAACCAUCAGUUUGUUAAGGAGGGAAAUGGAUCAGACAAUGGCAGCCAAUGCUCAGAAAAGUAAAUUCUUGAUUGACGGGUUUCCAAGAAAUCAAGACAACCUUCAAGGCUGGAACAAGACCAUGGAUGGGAAAGCUGAUGUAUCUUUCGUUUUGUUUUUUGACUGUAAUAAUGAGAUCUGUAUUGAACGAUGUCUUGAGAGGGGAAAGAGUAGUGGUAGAAGUGAUGACAACAGAGAGAGCUUGGAAAAGAGAAUUCAAACCUAUCUUCAGUCAACAAAGCCAAUUAUCGACUUAUAUGAAGAAAUGGGGAAAGUCAAGAAAAUAGAUGCUUCUAGAUCUGUUGAUGAAGUUUUUGAUGAAGUUGUGAAGAUUUUUGACAAAGAAGGCUAACUCUAAACCUUUCUGAAAGCAUCCUUGAAAUCAUGCUUGAAUAUUGCUUUGAUAGCUGCUAUCACAACCCCUUUUUAAGGCAGUUUUAAUCUUUCAUAAUUACAUUUCAGUUAAUGGCUGGAAAGUAUGUAGUAAGACAAAUUAAAUGUUUUAUCUUCAAUUUUUAAAAAAUUUUUUUAUUUUUUUUUGGUCACAGGAGUAGACAGUGAAUUUGAGUCUAAAUUCACAUUAGCUGUGGUGCUCACAAAACAAAGAAGGGUGUUAGCUAGUUCUUAGUUUUUAUUCAAAAAGAAUAUCCUUUUAUAGUUUGUACCUCUGUGAGCAAAACUUUUUAGUAUAUAUGUAUAUCCCUUUAGUAAUUACAGCAUGUUUGGAAUAGGGAUUCCCCACGUAUUCUUUUACAGGUUUUAAAUGUCCAACCUGAUAAGUGAAUUUAUGGACCAAAUUCCAAAGGAACCUUUUGUGUAGUCAGUUCUUGCACAAUGUGUUUGGUAAACAAACUCAUGAAAGAAAUUCCUUUAUGUGUUUUAUUAUUUAUCAAAUAACUGACCAUUUCCUAUAGAAAGGUAAGAAAACUUUAGGCUUUGUUUUACUACAACAUGUACAAGUUGUGUGACAAGGCAUAGUCUUUGCUUCCAGGGGUUGGGAUGGGGGCACUGGGGGUUCAGAGCCUGGUGGAAUUGUCAGCCUUAUUCUGACAUAAAUCUGAGGGUAAAGGGCAAGGAUCACAUGUAACGACAUGUGUUCCCUUUUGCUUUAUUAUAUAAUGUUGUUAAUAAUUAAACUGAUCUUAAAAUUCUUAGCAGUGGAACCUUGAAAUGCAUGUACUUAGAUUUAUGGUAAAAUGAUUUGGUUAGUGUUUUAGUAAUACUUCAAAGUUUUUUUGUUUGUUUGUUUUUUAGACUAAGCAUAGGGUUAGCACAAAGCAGAAGAAAUCUAAUGGUUAAAUUUCCCAUUUGUAUUUUAUUUUCUUGAAGACUUUUUUCAUAGUUGUUGAAGAAGAUUUAAAAAUCAUUGCACUUUGGUCAGAAAAAUAAUAAAUUUAUCUUGUAAAUGUUUGAUUCC